AUGUUUGAAGUGGGUGGUCUCCUUAAAAACCAAAUUCUUUUUAUUUUUCUUUUUAGUACAUGCGUUCUUUGCGAUGCUAUACCCUUGGUGGCGUUUGGCCAUCGAAAGUUGGAGUCAAGGACCAUUACCUCGUAUUCUUUCGGGGGAAGUCAUGGGCCAGCAAAUUCUUAUCCUGAGAGUUUACGGGUUCAUAGGCUACAAACGUCAUACAGCACCGUCUCCAGCAGAGUCGUACUGGGACAAAACUUUAUCCAAGAAGGUCCUGGGGCGCGUAUCAGCGUAUCAUCAGCUGCAGUUUCUUUUAUAUAUUGCCCUUUAGUGUGA